AUGGAGCUCCAUGUCGAGAAGUCGAAGAAGCGGAAAAGAAAGCACGGCAAAUUCACUACUGUAGCAGCCGAAGCUCCGCCUGCCGCCUCCCUUUCAAACGACAAAAUCCUCAUAAGCGAACUGAAAGAAAAAGGCCUGAAGAGACGGAAAACAUCUCAUACCAGCGAAGAUGAGGAUGAUGUCGAGCCUGAAAAUGUGCAAAAGGCUGUCGAAGACGCUCAAGGGGAAGAGCCACCAACCGAGACGGAUGAUGACGAGGACAGCGAAGAAGGCUCCCGACUCGAAGAGACUCUGAACAUUUCGCAUGGAAACACACAAGCCACAACCACAGACUUACCCACCGAUUCUGUUCCCACUCUCCCCGGCGCAAAUACCCCACCGCAGAAAUUCUCUGAACUGUCCCUCUCCGAGAAAACAAUGAAAGCCAUAACGGAAAUGAAAUUCGAAACCAUGACAGAGAUUCAACGCCGAGGAAUUCCACCUCUCAUGGCUGGCCGCGACGUGUUGGGCGCCGCCAAAACCGGCUCAGGAAAGACGCUUGCAUUCUUGAUUCCGGCAGCCGAGAUGUUGCACGCCCUACGCUUCAAACCGCGCAAUGGCACCGGCGUGAUCGUCGUUUCACCUACACGAGAACUGGCACUGCAAAUCUUCGGGGUGGCAAGGGACCUGAUGCAAUUCCACAGCCAGACGUUUGGGAUCGUAAUCGGGGGGGCCAAUCGCAGCGCCGAAGCAGAGAAAUUGACCAAGGGCGUGAACCUUCUGAUUGCAACGCCAGGACGAUUGCUCGACCACCUGCAAAACACGAAAGGGUUCGUGUACAAGAACGUCAAGGCGCUAGUGAUCGACGAAGCGGACCGAAUUCUCGAAGUCGGAUUCGAAGACGAAAUGCGACAGAUCGUCAAGAUCCUGCCGAAAGAAAACCGCCAGACAAUGCUCUUUUCGGCGACACAAACCACAAAGGUCGAGGACUUGGCGCGCAUCUCCCUACGUCCAGGACCCCUGUACAUCAACGUGGACCAGACAAAGACACACAGCACGGUCGAAGGCCUCGAACAAGGCUACGUGAUCUGCGAAAGCGACAAGAGAUUUUUACUGCUGUUCAGUUUCUUAAAACGCAACCUGAAGAAGAAAGUCAUCGUCUUCAUGUCCAGCUGCAACUGCGUCAAGUACCACGCCGAACUGCUCAACUACAUCGACCUGCCUGUGUUAGAACUGCACGGGAACCUGAAACAGCAAAAGCGGACCAACACGUUUUUUGAAUUCUGCAACGCCACCGCCGGUACCAUGGUGUGCACCGACGUCGCGGCCCGUGGCCUCGAUAUCCCUGCGGUCGACUGGAUCGUGCAGUUCGAUCCGCCCGACGACCCGAGAGAUUAUAUCCACCGCGUCGGCCGGACGGCGCGAGGCGCAAAUGGCAAGGGCCGGAGCCUCAUGUUUCUGCAACCAAAUGAAGUCGGGUUCCUCAGCCAGUUGAAAGAGGCUAGAGUCCCUGUGGUCGAAUUUGAUUUUCCAGCGAAGAAACUAGUGAAUAUCCAGAGUCAGUUGGAAAAAUUGAUCGCACAGAACUAUUACUUGAACAAGGUGAGUCGAAGACGUCCUGAAUCCCAUUCACGCCCUCCUAGAAUCAAAAACGUCACCGAUAUUUUGUUCCGCCGAGGAGAGGACCUGCUUACUAAUGAACCCACGCACAUCCAGUCCGCCAAAGAUGGCUAUAGAUCGUAUCUGCAAGCGUACGCCUCGCACAGUCUACGCUCCGUUUUCGACGUGAACAAACUCGACUUGGUCAAGGUGGCCAAGAGUUUCGGCUUCGCCACUCCUCCACGGGUGGACAUUCAGUUAGGAGCCAGUAUGCAGCGGGACAAAAAGCAAGGGGCCAGGAGAAGCUAUGGAAGUCAACCGAAGCAGAACGGUCACGGGAUCAAGUUUAAGAGGACGCAUGGUCGUGGUUGA